UAACCAAAUGUAUUUUACAUGUAUUUGAAUGAGACUGCAUAUGUAACAUGUAAUAUAACCUGUGGAACUCCAGGAGAAAAGGAGUUGAGUGCUUUAGAGUAAGAUUGUGAUAGAGUACGAUAUCAUAUAUGAUAGAGUGUAGAGUGUAAAACAUUGAUUAACAUUUCAGAGGGGAAUUGUUGGAUUAUGGUUGUAUGUGUAUGAAAUGUAAAUCAAGUGUUUUCUGCUGUUGAGCAAAAGUGUAUUUUUCAGUAAUGAAACAGUUAACAGCAGGCUAGUUUUGACGGACAGCCUGUUGUGAUUGCUAUGACCUAUCAGGCAUGACUUCCGGCCUUUGGGUGUCAGAACUUCCUCCGGACUGAGGAAUGUGUUUUAUCUUAUCUGUGGUGUUCGGCGUUGAGCAUUCGCUGAAGAUGGACUAUGAAUGCUAUGCUCUGAAGCCGAGAAAUGCAACUGUAAAUAGAUAUGUAAAUAAAGUUUAACAACAGUUGAUUUUCAACUGACCCCUUCGCCUGCUGGAGUGUUUCUUGACCAGUGCUGAUUCUCCACAUGGGAAUACAGUCUGGAGAAGGAGGUGAGACCGGGAUGAUGAAUUUUGGAAUUCACUCUGCACCCCAUCAUCCCCUGACACUAAUGUCCUCCUCCUUCGCGUUAUGCAAUCCGCUGGCUCUGGCCAGUGCAGUAACGAUUUUCUGUUUGGUUGGGAUGCUCACGCACUGCUGCCUGUCACUGAUGUAGGUUUUCCAACGGUGGGGGCUCCUCCACGCAUGCGCACAGUGCAGUAUUCGGUUCUUUGGGGUUCUGAGUGACUUCCAGUUUGAAAUGGUUUUUUUAUGUCUAAACACAGCCAGGAUGACCAUGUCUUUUGUGGCCAAGUUUCGUGGGUUUUGGGUGUUUAGUUUUGCUGUUUACCUUAAAGCAGAAACGGUCAGAACAUUUUUAUCUAGAGAGAUUGAAAGAGCGAGCCCUGGGCUAUGUGCCAUUGCCAUUUCCCUCUCAGUGCUUCAUUGGUGGUCUUAAUUCCAUACAGGCAGCAAGACUUAGUUACAACGAAUAACCAAAUGGUAAAACUCCCUCUGAUUUCCCUAAAGAGAAAUAUUGCAUGGUUCAAGUGCUCUUUAUACUAUGCUUCUUCUUUUUUUGUGGGCGAUGAGGUGGUCUGGAGAAGAGUGUAUUGUAUUUAUAACACAGAUCAGUGGCCAAUAGCAUCCGGAUGUGUGCUUGGCUGUCUUUUGAGAAACAAGAAGGGAUAAGUACUUGCAUGGAAAUUUGAAUGGAAAUUGUAACUUUUAAAAUGUAUUAUUUUGAACUCUGGGAAAAAAAUGAUUAAAUAACUAUUCUAAUAUGACCUGUUAGGCAGAGUAGCCCCACAGAUUAAACCAGGGAUCCAUUUGAGAAUUCUUUGCAUGUUACAAUUUUCACAAAUAAUCAGUAACCCUGUUUUUCUUACUUGAAAUGAAUGAGGUAUUGGGCUUCCAAUCAAAGCAUUCUAUAGAAUUGUGCUGGAGGACCUGCCGAUGCUUAGAGAAAUGUUUCUCUGUACAAAGUCUUCAACACUUUGGAUGCCAGAAUCACACCUGAGGGGGCGAAGAUGAAUGAGAUGAAGGAGAGGCUUUGCAACAUUGAGCAGACCUACAAGGUCUUCCAGCAGCAGCAGUUCACCUUCAUCGCAGCCCUGGAGCACUCCAGGGAGAAUGCCCAUGACAGGAUCAAGCCCAUUUCCAGCAUUGGGCAGGUGCAGAUGUACACGGACCACUACUACAACAACCAUAAGCGGAUCCUACUGAUGUUCCUGAGCACCUGUGCUGACCUGGGCCGGCUGUGCCAGCACCAGGAGACCCUCCAAUCUGGCAGCACCACCACCAACAUCCUCCUGAACAAGUGCAAGAUCCUGGUCAACCACAGCACCAACCUCAGCACUGUCCAAGCCAAGUACCUGCAUGACGUGGUGAACCACCUGAGCUGUGACGAGGCCCGCAAUGGUGGGGUAGUGAGCCUGAUCCCGGUGGUGUUGGACUGCAUGAAGAAGUGGGUGGCCCACAGCGAGAAGCUGCCCUGCCACAUGAUGCAGAGUGGGUGGCCAUCUACCAGCAGCCAGAGCUGCCCAACCUGAACGUGAGGCCCCAGUGAGUGGUGCCCCCCUUCAUGGUUGAGGCUGCCACCAGAGCACCCUGAGCCUGGCAGAAAAGGCAGCCCGGUGGCGGGAGUGGGGAGGAGGCCAAGCUGGCAGCCAUGGGGGGCUUUGGGAGGGCCAUCCACAAGUUCCUGGACAGGCCCUGGAAACUGCUAGGUAAGAGUGCCUUAUAAGACACACACACCUAGCAGAGAGAAAAGAAAGAGAGAAAAUGCCCCAAUUAAAAGAGAGUCCCCUGUAAAAAUAAUUUUAAAAAAUAAAAAUGUUUCUCUAGGGCCCCAUCUACAUUGACCAUUUAAUUCAGUUCGAAGCUAACUUCAAGCUCCCACAAAAGCAGGUGAAAGAAAGCCCUUAAUGUGUGUCAGUGUUCAGUGAUUUGUAUAAUCACCAUCUGGGCCUCAAAUUGGUUCCACGGUUUCCUAUGUAAUCAUGUAUAGGUCCAUGGUAUUCAAAGCUCUUCACUUAUAACUGAGACUGCAUUAAAUUCUACUGUACUUGCUAAGAUCCUAUUAAUACCCAGAUGUCCAGUAUGAAGGAACUACAUAGUAAGCCUACGUAGUAAGUUCAGACCACGAACUUCUUAUUGCAAAAUUUAGAAUCAGACUAAAGAGAAUGGGGAAAAUACACAGACCAAUUAGAUAUGAUCUCACAAAUAUUCCUAAUUGAAUAUGCAGUGGAAGUGAAGAAUAGAUUUCAGGGACUAGACUUGACAAAUAGAGUCCCAGAAGAACUAUGGACAGAAGUCCACAACAUUGUUCAGGAGGCAGCAACAAAGUACAUCCCAAAGAAAAAGAAAACCAAGAAGGCAAAAUGGUUGUCUGCUGAGACACUGGAAGAAGCCCAAGAAAGAAGGAAGGCGAAAGGAAACAGCGAUAGGGGAAGAUAUGGCCAAUUAAAUGCACAAUUCCAGAGGUUAGCCAGAAGAGACAAGAAACUAUUUUUAAACAAGCAAUGCAUGGAAGUGGAAGAAGACAAUAGAAUAGGAAGGACAAGAGACCUCUUCCAGAAAAUCAGAAACAUCGGAGGCAAAUUUCAGGCAAAAAUGGGCAUGAUCAAAAACAAAGAUGGCAAAGACCUAACAGAAGCUGAAGAAAUCAAGAAAAGGUGGCGAGAAUAUACAGAAGAUCUGUAUAGGAGGGAUAGAAAUAUAGAAUAUAGCUUUUUGACGGUGUGGUGAAUGAAUUAGAACCAGACAUCCUGAGGAGUGAGGUUGAAUGGGCCUUAAGAAGCACUGCUAACAACAAGGCAGCAGGAGACGAUGGGAUCCCAGUUGAACUGUUUAAAAUCUUGAAGGAUGAUGUUGUCAAGGUGAUGCAUGCCAUUUGCCAGCAAAUAUGGAAAACACAAUAAUGGCUAUCAGAUUGGAAAAAAUCAAUUUACAUCCCCAUACCAAAAAAGGGAAAUGCUAAGGAAUGUUUAAACUUCCGUACAGUGGCACUUAUUUCCCAUGCCAGUAAGUUAAUGCUCAAGAUCCUGCAAGGCAGACUUCAGCAAUACAUGGAGCGAGAGCUGCCAAAUGUCCAAGCUGGGUUUAGAAAAGGCAGAGGAACAAGAGACCAAAUUGCCAAUAUCCGCUGGAUAAUGGAGGAAGCCAGGGAGUUUCAGAAAAACAUCUACUUCUGCUUUAUUGACUACUCUAAAGCCUUCGACUGUGUGGACCAUAACAAACUGUGGCAUGUGCUUGGUGGUAUGGGGAUACCAAGUCACCUUGUCUGUCUCCUGAGAAAUCUGUAUAAAGACCAAGUAGCCACAGUAAGAACAGACCACGGAACAACAGACUGGUUCAAGAUUGGGAAAGGAGUACAGCAGGGCUGUAUACUAUCGCCCUACCUAUUCAACUUGUAUGCAGAACACAUCAUGCGACAUGCGGGUCUUGACGAAUCCAAGGAAGAAACAUUAACAACCUUAGGUAUGCAGAUGAUACCACUCUGAUGGCUGAAAGUGAGGAAGAGCUGAGGAGCCUUAUCACCAAGGUGAAAGAAGAAAGUGCAAAAGCCAGGCUGCAGUUAAACAUCAAGAAAACCAAAAUCAUGGCAACCAGACCGAUUGACAACUGGCAAAUAGAGGGAGAAAACGUGGAGGCAGUGACAGACUUUAUAUUUCUAGGUGCAAAGAUCACUGCAGAUGCAGACUGCUGCCAGGAAAUCAGAAGACGUCUACUUCUUGGGAGGAGAGCAAUGGCCAAUCUCGAUAAAAUACUGAAAAGCAGAGACAUCAUACUGGCAACAAAGGUCAGCAUAGUGAAAGCAAUGGUAUUCCCCAUAGUAACCUAUGGAUGCGAGAGCUGGACCAUAAGGAAGGCUGAGCGAAAGAAGAUACCCGCUUUUGAACUUUGGUGCUGGAGGAAAAUCCUGAGAGUGUCUUGGACCACAAGAAGAUCCAACCAGUCCACCCUCCAGGAAAUAAUGCCCGACUGCUCACUGGAGGGAAGGAUAUUAGAGGCAAAGAUGAAGUAUUUUGGCCACAUCAUGAGAAGACAGGAAAGCUUGGAGAAGAUCAUGAUGCUGGGGGAAAUGGAAGGAAAAAGGAAGAGAGGACGACCAAGGGCGAGAUGGAUGGACGGUAUCCUUGAAGUGACUGGCUCGACCUUGAAGGAACUGGGGACGGUGACAGCCGACAGGGAGCUCUGGCGUGGACUGGUCCAUGAGGUCAUGAAGAGUUGAAAACGACUGAACGAGUGAAACGACGACAACAUAGUAAGCCACCAGUACAUGCAUAAUGAUUU